AUGCAUACAUACGAAUCUUAUUUAGGCAAAAAACCAAUAACAAUAAAUGUGUUAGGUGAUCCAAAAGUUGGAAAAAGCUCACUAUUGUACUCCCUAUUCAACCAAGACUAUAACCCAAACAUUAAAUUUAAUAACAAUAAUAUAUGGUCCAAUUCAUAUACCUUUUGUUUUGGAAAUAUUAAAUUUGAAUUAAAGUUUGAAGAAACAAAUGGCACAAUAAUAACAUUUAAUGAAAUUCAAAAAUAUGACGCUUUAAUAUUCCUCUAUUCAUUGACUGAUAAAAAUUCAUUUUUAAAUUUAAAUUAUUUUUUGGAUCUUUACAAAUCCGAAUAUUUCCAAGGUAGAGAUGUUCCAGUCAUAAUUGCCGGUACCAAAUUAGAUGCUCCAAAUCAAAUUAUACCAUGUUUAAAAGAAAUAAAAUCAUUAAAAAUACCAUAUUAUGAUAUUAACUCUUCCGAUAUUGAUUCAAUUCAUAAUUUAUUACAUAUGCUAUUACAACCCCUUGCAAAAAGAGAAGAAUUAAUUAUUAAAAAAAAUGAAAGAAUAUUAAGAAAUAUAGAUAAAUCGCAAAGAGCAUUAUCAAAAAAGAAAUAUUUAACAUCACCCACUGCAUCAUUAGUAAAUAUUUUUUCCAAAAUAACUAAUGGUUCAAAAAAAAUAGAAAAAGAAAAACCAUUAAAUUUUUAA